AUGAUAUAUGCGAUCCUACUCCUGAUGUUUGUACCUGUUGACAGUCAGCCAGAGAACUGUACUUACAUAAUGACUGUCCCCAAGGUAAGCAGACCAGGAACAGACAUUGAUAUUUGUAUCACGGUAUGGAAGAAAGGGUCCGGUAAUGUCAAUAUAGCCGCUGUAUUAAGAAAUAACAAUGGAAAAACGAUAUCUGGAAUUUCAAAGACAUAUGCAGGGGUAUCAGGAAAACUACAGAUUAUCAAACUAAAGGUUCCAGGUGAUGCCCCGUCGGGAUAUGACUAUCAUUUAGAUACUAUUAGUACUGGAUGGAUAGUGUUUUACAAAAACACCAACAAGAUCCGAAUUGACUCAAGAAAUGCUUCAAUGUUUAUACAGACAGAUAGACCAAUAUACAAGCCAGGCGAUUUUGUACAGUUUAGAGCUUUUGGAGUUAAACCAUCACUGAAUGUCAUUAAAGCUCCUAUUGAUGUGAUUAUUUUUGAUCCUCUAAGAAAUAGAGUCAAACAAUAUAUGAAAUUACAAGAGGAAUAUGGCGUCGUAUCUGGUUUCUUACAAUUAUCACCGGAAACACGUCUUGGUAGUUGGACUAUAGAAAUGAACCAGCUGGGACAAACCAAAAGAGUAAACAUCGAAGUGAAAGAAUACGUGUUACCAAAAUUUAACGUUCGAGUGUCGGUGCCUGGAUUAAAAUAUGUACAAGAUGAUUUUGUUACCGUGCGAGUAACAGCAGCAUACACGUUUGGGAAGCCAGUAGAAGGAUAUGUGUUUCUCAACGUAACUCGUUCCUUUGGAAGUGAUAGUUUUUAUGAAAAGUAUGAAAAGAUAAACGGACAGGUAGAUAUCAAAAUUCCUAUGUGGUCCCUUUAUCCGGCGUUUGGAACUUACUACAGACUCUUCGUAAAAGUAAAUGAAACGGUGACUGGAAAAGAAGCCAAUGAAACAACAAAUUUUCAACUAUAUACUCAAAAAUUUAAAGUUGUUUUCUCACAGAGCAUGCCAAAUACCUUUAAACCUGGACUUAAAUAUACAAUUAUUAUGAGAAUAGAAAAAUCAGACGGAAGUAGCAUUGAAACGCCAACGGGUACUGUCAGAAUCAUCAUAACUUAUGAUUUUAUCAACACGAUCAACAAACGAUCAACUAGAAAGACUAAAAUCUUCUUUACAAAGAAAGUGGCUGUAGACAAGUCUGGAGUUGUAAUUCAACAAGUUUUAUUUCCUCCGCUUGCAGAGAAUUGCAGAAUUUAUGUGGUAUACAACGGGCGAUAUCUGAGUUCAAAGUAUAUAUCAAAAGCAACCUCACCAAGCAAUAAGUAUAUCCAGGUUAGAAAGAGGAGAGACCGGUCAAUUGUACAGCUGGGACGAAAGUUACAGCUUACAGUUCAAGUUACAGAGAAAAUACGUUCCUGUUACUACAAAAUAUUUUCUAGAGGAAUAAUUGUACAUCAAGGUAUAUUCAAAAUGGUUCGGUUAUCAAUGAAACACACUAUACGUGUUACUCAUGAAAUGACUCCAUCCUUUAGAAUACUCGUUUACUAUGUGAGACGAUAUGGAGAGAUUGUUGCUGAUGCCGUAACAUUUUCAGUAAAAGAUAUCUUCAGGAAUAAAGUGACUAUGAAAUUUGAUAAGGAUGUUGUUGAACCAGGAAAUCAAGUGAAAUUAGAAGUCAAAGCUGACCCCGGGUCACUGGUUAAUAUUGUAGCUGUCGACAAAAGCAUACUGUUACUUGGGAAUGCAAAUGAUAUUACAGCCAAUAAUGUACUAACAGAGUUGCAAAGGUUUACAUAUACAAGAGUGCCCCUUCUUAAGGAGUGGGAUUCAAUAGGAUCAGUAGUUGAUGGCGGAAUCAAUUCAGAAGCGGUGUUCUCUAAUAGCGGUGUAUAUGUUUCAACAGAUUGUUUGUUGAUUGGACGCAGACGAUCAGUGGAACCAUCUUUCCAGUUAAGAAGUGGUGGUUUGAUGAGUGGCCGUGCCGGACCUUCAUCUCGCAGUAACCUUAGGACUAGUUCUUUUAGUUCUAAAGUCGGUGCUUCAGGUAACGGUAACGGUAACGGUAACGGAGGGGGUAGUACAUCCCUUGCAUCUCCUACACGUACAAGAACAAGUUUUCCAGAGACCUGGUUAUGGCUAAAUACGACCACAAAUCGAAAGGGUGUCGCCUCUGUAACAUCGCAGAUUCCAGAUACAAUUACUCAAUGGAUAGCAACAUCUUUUGUUGUUAAUCCUCGAACUGGAUUGGGUGUAGCGGCUAAUCCUGCUAAAAUCAUAAAUUUUCAAAGAUUCUUCAUGCGUUUUGAGCUACCUUAUUCAGCAAUACGUGGGGAAAUAUUAAUUCUACAGAUAACAGUUUUUAAUUACAUGGAAGAAGACCUAAAUGUUCACGUGAGUCUCAACAAAAAUGUCAACUUGACAUUUGUGGACGUGAAUGGUAAUACAGUAGUUCCCAAAGGAAAGGCAUGGACAAAGACGGUUUUCAUACCGAAAGAGACAGUUAUGUCCGUGUAUUUUCCAAUCAUUCCAAUCAAAAUAGGCAGAACCUUACUAGAUGCGAACGUCAGAUCUAAAUCUGCUGCUGAUGCUGUGCAGAGGCCACUGUUAGUAAAGCCAGAAGGUAUCCGAGAGAACUAUAAUAUACCUGUACUUAUUGACCUGCGUGAAGAAAGGACGUUUUCAACAAAUGUUCUCAUAAGUUUACCACCAUUUGUCAUUCCGGAUUCAGAGUUUAUAAAGGUGUCUGUAAUAGGUGAUUUAAUAGGUACAACACUUGCCGGAAUAGAAGAUUUGUUACGUAUGUCUUAUGGAUGUGGUGAACAAAACAUGGUUCGAUUUGUACCAAAUGUGUUUAUAUCUGUGUAUUUGAAGGCUACUAACAGGCUGACAAAUGACAUAAAAGACAAAGUUGACAGAUUCCUGUCUUCAGGGUACCAACGACAGCUGUCAUAUUCUCGUCAUGAUGGAUCGUUCAGUGCUUUUGGGAAAAGUGACAGAUAUGGUUCUACGUGGUUGACGGCUUUUGUUGUAAAGUCAUUUGCUCAAGCAGCAGAUUUGACUUAUAUUGACCCAAACGUUAUUCGAAGAGCUGUUAGAUUCCUGGUCCGUUACCAAAACAGAACAAAUGGUGAAUAUCAAGAGAAGGGGGUUGUCUUAAACAAAGGCAUGCAGGGAGGAUCUGCAUCAAGUGCAGCCAGUUUAACAUCUUAUGUUGUUAUUGCUCUACAUGAGGCGAUUAAACGAAAGCAGAUCCCAGAAGAUGCGAUUGAGGAAACCAAGAAAUCGAUUAAAAAUGCAGUUAGCUUUAUUGUUAAAGUUUUAGAGAAUCGUAGGUCCAUAUCGGAAGAUAAUCUAUAUGAACUUGUCAUUGCUACAUAUGCUUUAACAUUAUUAGAUGCUCCAUUAUCCCGGUCACUGUUACAACAGAUUGAAAGAUACUCUUUUACUGAAGAUGGAACAAAAUACUGGAAAUUACCAGAUAAUGCAGCGAACAAGAUUCAGCCCUACAGACGUUGGACACCACCUAAAGUAAAAGUCAGAGCACUCGACAUUGAAAUAACAUCAUAUGUUCUCCUAAUAUACAACAUAAGAAAUGAUAUCAAAAAUGGAGUGCUGGUUGUAAAAUGGUUGAAUAAACAAAAGAACCCAUAUGGUGGUUUCAUAUCAACACAAGAUACUGUAAUUGCCAUACAAGCAAUCACUAGUUUUGCAGAAAAGGUUUUUGUAGAACAAUUUGAUGCGGUGUUAAAUGUGAAAGGCGAUUCAUGGAAUGGUCAUACUUUCGCGGUUGACAACGGAAACUCUUUAGUUUUACAGUCAGUUGAUGCUCCAUCAAGCAUACGGAACAUAUCUAUAGAAUGUGCAGGAUCUGGGUUUCUGAUGUCUGAGAUAGCUGUGUUCUUCAACGUUCCAGAAGAACUUCGAAAGCCAGCAUUUUAUUUACGCACUACAAUUCUGAAUGAUUCUGUUCUAGGAUUUAGGUUGAAAAUUUGCUUUAGUUGGUUACGAGGUGGAAAUAGCACUAUGGGAUUUAUGGAAAUUGCUAUACCGACUGGAAUGGAGGCUGAUAUUGAUUCUAUGAAUACUACUAGUACAUAUGGUCUGUAUAAGAAAAAAGAGAUACAAUCUGGUCAGCUGGAUUUGUACUUUGAUUGGAUCACUACUAAAAGAAUGUGUCUGGAAAUCAACAUCGAUAGAGUAAGCCUCGUAGCAAAACAAAAACCAGUACCUGCUAGACUUUCAGAAUACUAUGAACAAAGUAAUGAAGUAAUAAAAAUGUACCAGUCUAAAGUUUUGUCUCAGGCUUCUGCAGAUGAUGUAUGUGGACGUGAUCGUUGUCAAUAA